AUGUUCAACCUCUCGAGCUUUGUGAGCAAGGCCCAGCAGCUGCUCGACCCCAUGCAGGGCCUGAACCUCAGCGACUCGGACAAGAACCCCUCCAAGGCCACCCUGUUCCAGAACCAGUUCCGACUGCCCUCCUCCCAGCAUCCCUUGUACGAGAUCAAUGCCGAGCUCACCAUCCCGCCCUCCAACGCCACCCAGGGCGGUAAGAACGACACUGGGUUCCACUAUGCCGGCAAGAUACACCUCUCCGAGGCCUACAUGUGCUUCUCGACAACCCCCUCGAGCUUCAUGUCCUCGGCCACAACCUCCACCUCGCUGGCCUUCACCGGUCAGACCCACGGCGGUGGUCCAAGCGGCAAUGGCUUCACAUUCCCUCUGUCGUCCAUCCGGAGGGUCGAGAGACUACACAGCCAAAACUUUCAGUUUGCUCUGGCUAUUACCACUUGGAACGGUCUAGCCCAGAACUCGGGCAAGGACAAGGACAAAGAGCCCCCCAAGGACAACAAGGAGAUACGAGAGCAACGCAUAACCAUCACACUCGCCGGCAGCAGGCCGGCCUGCGAGAGGUUCUGCGACGGUCUGAAAAAGGGGCUGCGCGCCGGAGUCGGAAGUGUGGGAAAGCUCAAGAAGGUCGUUGCCGAGUGCUAUUCGGAGUACCUGCUCCGCCCAGAAGACAAGAAGGCUGCCAGCCCACCAGACGCCGGCCUUGGCAUGUUGUUUCGAUACCCUGGUGACGCCAAAAAGUUGCGAGAUCGAGCCAAGAUGCGUCUUUGGGCAGAGUACCUGCGCGACAAUGGCCGCAACACGAAUCUCAUCCGACAGCCCACAUUCCACAAGCUCAUCCGAGUCGGCCUCCCUAAUAGGUUAAGGGGGGAGAUUUGGGAGCUGACAUCUGGCUCCUUGUACCUGCGCCUCGAGAACCCCACGCUUUACAGCGAUACACUAAACAAAUUCGAAGGGCAGGAGUCUCUUGCAAUCGAUGAAAUCGAGAAGGAUCUUAACCGAAGUCUGCCCGAGUACCCAGGAUUCCAAAGCGAGGAGGGCAUUGGCCGGCUACGCCGUGUGCUUACAGCAUACAGUUGGGUCAAUGCUGAUGUCGGAUAUUGUCAGGCCAUGAACAUCGUCGUGGCUGCCCUGCUGAUCUACAUGUCAGAGGCACAAGCCUUCUUUCUGUUGUCAGCCCUGUGCGAUCGUCUCGUUCCCGGGUACUACUCCACGACUAUGUAUGGAACACUACUCGAUCAGAAGGUGUUCGAGAGCUUGGUCGAGAAGACGAUGCCAGUGCUGUGGGACCACCUGGUGAAAAGCGACGUGCAGCUGUCCGUGGUGUCCCUGCCUUGGUUCUUGUCACUCUACAUCAAUUCCAUGCCCCUGGUCUUCGCGUUCCGGGUUCUAGAUGUCUUCUUCGUUGAAGGGCCAAAAGUCCUGUUCCAGGUUGGACUGGCAAUUUUGAGGAUCAACGGGGAGGACCUCCUAGACUCGACAGACGACGGAGCUUUUAUAUCUGUCCUGAAGUCAUAUUUCUCACGCUUGGACGAGUCGGCCCAUCCCAAGUCAGAAAACCCCAAGCUUCGGGCCGUAACGCGGUUCCAGGAGCUGAUGGUGGUGGCAUUCAAGGAAUUCUCGCAGGUAACGCACAGCACCAUCACGGAUCUGAGGUUGAAGAACAAGGACGCGGUUCUCAAUAAUAUCGAGAACUUUGCAAAGAGAACAGCCAUCAGGAAUCUAGGGCCAGAUGCCAAGAUUAUGAGCACAGACGAGUUGGGCGCGCUAUACGACAGAUUCUUCGGCGUGCUGUACGAACGGCAGCAGCGCAGCAACCUCCUUCAGCAGGAGCAGCAGCGGAGAGCCAAGACAGGCCGACCCAAGCUCGGCGAUGUACACCACCAGGAGGCUGUAGAAAAGGGUAGGGUAGGCGUCGGGGCUCCGAGCACAUCCGAGAUGGAUUACGACGCCUUCCGCGAGUUCCUUGCUGCCAUGUCAAAAUGGGCGAUCUCGGACUCGCCAACAACGCCUCGUCGAGACACUUUCCAGGAGAAGGACAAAAGCCCCUACUUUGGCAGCAUGCGGAAAGCAGAUGUCUACACCGGGCCUUGGGGGACGGGACCCGAGCCUGCAGAUCAUGAGUUCCUUCAACGCCUGUUCAGACUGUGGGACAAGGGCUCCAAAGGCCAGGUCACCCUUCAGGAUGUCGUCUCUGGAAUGGCGCGGAUCAAGGGCAAAACCGACAUCAUGGGCACCAUCACCUACUUCUUUGAACUCUACGACGAUGACGGUGACGGCAGAGUAGACCGAGAAGGCAUAUUGCGCAUCUCCGAAGCAUUGCUGUUCCUUUCACGCCGAGGCUUAGAAGGUAGCCUCAGCCCUUCAGCCUCACAAGUAGGACUAAACGGACUGCAGGACUCUGGCGUGAACCCGAACAGCCCAAAUAGCUCGAUGCCGGAAGCGACUGUGAAUGAGAGAUUUCUUGGCAGUGUUAGCGCUUUCAUCCGACGCUGCUUCGAAUAUGCGGACCCCGACCACCCUAAUAACCAAGUCCCGGCCGCCAAAAGCAGCAGCGCUGGUGCUGAGGACAAUAUGGCCGACCCUAGUGCAUUUACGAUUGGGGAUGACGAUGACGAAGAGGAGGAAGAGGAAGAUCUCCUAGACCUAGAAGACACGCCCAAGGAGGGCAGUACCAAGAAGACGCCCAAGAAAUCAAACAUUCCCCCAGCUAUCAACAUCAUCGACAGCAACAAGAACGUCACAUCAGGAGAACCCGACGACCACCGGCGUGUCUCGAAGGCACAGUCUGAAAAGGCGAACGUCGCUCUCGAUCCAUCCAACCCCCUGUACAUGACUCUGCCCACGUUUAGGAUGGUCAUCCUUGCCGAUGAGCUCCUGGAACAGUUCUUCGAGUCCAGCUUCCCAUCCUCGUUCCACAUCAUCGAAGGCCUUCCAACUAGUUCGGGAGCAAGCUCCUCAAAUCUCACCACCUUCUCCAGCCUGGGUCAAUCGGCGGGCCGGGCGGCGGCAGCAGCCAUGGGUGGCGCACCCGGGGCAGGAGCUGGAGCGGGCGGCAACCGCGGCCUCCGAGGCGUCCUGGACGGCAUAGUCACCGACGGCAUGCGCGUGGCGGCCGAGGUGAGGAGGAGAAUGGACGAGGCGCAGAAGGAGCUGGAGAAGAACGCAACCCCAGGGCAGAAGGCGGCGCAGGACGAAGAGGACGAGGACGAGGAAGACGCGGACAUCGACGUGCACACGAUACAGACGCCGACGGGCCGUGGCGACGCGAGGAGCAUCAGGAGCGUCAGGACCGAGGACCGUAUGCUCCUGGAAGGGGCGGACGCCGAGGCCGGGGGUGGCAACGGGAAGGGAGAGGGUCUGGAGGGAAAGGCCGGGCCGCGUGCCGACGCGGAGCCGAAGCCGCGCCCGCAGAGCGUCAUCGAGGACAACGCGACCAGGACGGUCGAGUUCGAGGGCUGA